AUGCAUGAGAGCCUUCGACAACCACCUCCCUCACUACAACCUGUCGCACUUCAUAUGCAUCGGCUCCUCCUCUGCCGCCGCUGCCGCCGCCUCCUUGAUAUAGCCAAGCGCUAAGCGGCGCUUGUAGUCCUUGGUGAGCGGCGCUGCUCGGGCUUUGGUGCUGGAGUUUUCUCUCUUGCUGUGUGCGUAUGUGUGUGUUUGUUUGACUGAAGGGUGAGACUUCACAGCCAAGAGGAGACGCAGGAGAGCGGCGGCGGCAAGCAAAGAGCCAGAGCGAGUUUUCCUGUGCUGCGCAGCGCCUCGAACUUGGGAACUGUCCACCAGCGCGAGCUCCUGAAAAUGAGCCUCCAAACUCUCUACCUGCUCGGAUUGUUUCUCGGUAGCGGGCAAGCACUUCAAGUGUCAAUUUCCCUCAGCAAGGUAGAAGUCAGUGUGGGUGUAUCCAAAUUCUUCACAUGCACAGUAAUUGGUGAACCAGAGAGUAUAGAUUGGUACAACCCACAAGGAGAGAAGAUUGUUUCUAAUCAAAGAGUAGUUGUGCAGAAAGAAGGUGUCAGAUCACGACUAACCAUCUACAAUGCCAAUGUGGAAGAUGCUGGGAUAUACAGGUGUCAAGCAACAGAUUCUGGAGGACUGACUCAAGAAGCUACUGUUGUUUUAGAAAUUUACCAAAAGCUCACAUUCCAAGAUAUCUCAUCUCCACAAGAAUUUGUACAGGGAGAAGAUGUGCAAGUCAUUUGCCGUGUUACUAGUUCACCUGCACCUAUUGUCAGCUGGUUGUAUCAAAAUGAGGAAGUCUCAAAUAUUGCUGACAAUAGAUUUGCCAUGUUGCCAAACAAUAAUCUUCAAAUUCUUAAAAUCAAUAAAAGUGAUGAAGGAGUUUACAGAUGUGAAGGAAGAGUAGAAGCCAGAGGAGAAAUUGACUUUCGGGAUAUCAUUGUACUUGUGAAUGUUCCUCCAGCUAUUACCUUGCUCCAAAGGUCAUUUAAUGCUACAGCAGAUCGAGGAGAAGCAAUUACUUUAUUCUGUAGAGCAACUGGUUCUCCUGAACCUGAAAUCAACUGGUACAGGAAAGGAAAACGUAUUGAAGAAAAUGAAAAAUAUGUCUUGAGAGGAAGUAAUACAGAACUGACCAUCAGAGAUAUCAAAAAUAUUGAUGCUGGUCCAUAUAUUUGUGAAGCGAGAAAUAAAGCAGGAAAAGUAACAAAUCAGACAUUUCUGCAGGUUUUUGUACAGCCUCAAAUAAUACAGCUUAAAAAUGAAACAACUUUUGAAAAUGGUCAAGCUACCCUCAUAUGCGAGGCAGAAGGAGAACCUGUCCCUGAAAUAACAUGGAAAAGAGCCAGUGAUGGAAUAACAUUCUCUGAAGGUGACAAGAGUCCAGAUGGUCGUAUAGAAGUCAAAGGGCAGCAUGGAAGGUCAACACUGCACAUAAAGGAUGUGAAAUUGUCAGAUUCAGGAAGAUAUGACUGUGAAGCUGCAAGUAGAAUUGGUGGGCACCAAAAGAGCAUGUACCUUGAUAUUGAAUAUGCUCCAGUCUUUGUGUCAAAUCAAACAAUAUAUUAUUCCUGGGAAGGAAAUCCCAUCAAUAUAAGCUGUGAUGUUCUAUCUAAUCCAUCAGCUUCUAUUCAGUGGAGACGAGGAAAAUUGGUUUUACCUGUAAGAAACACAACUCAUUUAAAGGCUCACAGUGCUGGAAGCAAACUUAUAUUAGAGAUUGCUCCCACAUCUGACAAUGAUUUUGGACGGUACAACUGCACAGCCACAAACAGAAUAGGAACACGAUAUCAAGAAUAUAUCCUUGCCUUGGCUGAUGUGCCAUCCAGUCCACAUGGAGUGAAAAUUGUAGAGAUAUCACAGACUUUUGCUACAGUAUCUUUCAAUAAACCAGACUCACAUGGAGGUGUCCCAAUUCAUCAUUACCAAGUGGAUGUGAAAGAAGUUACUUCAGAAACAUGGAAAGUUGUUCUUUCCCAUGGAGUUCAGACAAUGGUUAUUCUCAACAAUUUGGAACCAAACACAACAUACGAAAUCAAGGUUGCUGCUGUAAAUGGAAAAGGACAAGGAGAAUACAGCAAAAUAGAGAUAUUCCAGACUUUACCAGUUCGAGAACCAAGUCCACCAUCUAUUCAUGGUCAGCCAGGAAGUGGGAAAAGCUUUAAACUUAGCAUAACAAAACAAGAUGAUGGAGGAGCACCUAUUUUGGAAUAUAUUGUAAAAUACAGAAGUAAAGAUAAAGAAGAACAAUGGCAAGAGAAAAAGGUUCAAGGUAAUAAAGACCACAUAAUUCUAGAACAUUUACAAUGGACAAUGGGCUAUGAAGUGCAAAUUACUGCUAUCAACAGGCUGGGAUAUUCAGAACCAACUUCAUAUGAGUUCAUUAUGCCACCAAAGCCCAAUAUUAUUACAGACACACUUUUUAAUGGUCUUGGACUUGGUGCAGUCAUUGGACUGGGUGUUGCUGCUCUUUUAUUAAUCCUUGUUGUGACUGAUGUCAGCUGUUUCUUUGUGCGGCAAUGUGGACUGCUAAUGUGCAUCACCAGAAGGAUCUGUGGAAAGAAGAGCGGCUCCAGUGGAAAGAGUAAAGAGCUAGAAGAGGGGAAAGCUGCAUAUCUGAAAGAUGGGUCCAAAGAGCCAAUAGUUGAAAUGAGAACAGAGGAUGAAAGAAUUACCAAUCAUGAAGAUGGAAGCCCAGUAAAUGAGCCCAAUGAAACAACACCCUUAACAGAACCAGAGAAACUGCCAUUAAAGGAAGAAAAUGGAAAAGAAGUUUUAAAUUCAGAUACUAUAGAAAUCAAAGUAUCUAAUGACAUCAUCCAGUCAAAAGAAGAUGAUAGCAAAGCAUAAUGCAACAACUACAGCUGUCCAGAGAGGAAUAAAGGCAUUUGGAUUUGAAUAAAUCUGUGACCAAAACUUUACAUCUG